GUGAAGCCUCACGCGAGGAGACGGCUGCGGGCUGGACGGGGCUCUUCCGGCACCGCACUUCCGGCGUCGUUCCCCGGCGUGCGGAGAGCGGCCCUGACGCGGGGCUGGCACCAUGUUCCUGACCGGGCUCCUGUGCCGCGGCCGCAUCCCCGGCCGGCAGUGGAUCGGGAAGCACCGGCGGCCGCGGACCGUGUCGGCGCUGGCGAAGCAGAACGUGAUCCGUCGCCUGGAGAUAGAAGCGGAGAACCACUACUGGCUGAGCCGGCCUUUCCUCACGGCCGAGCAGGAGCGCGGUCACGCGGCGGCCCGCAGGGCGGCCGCCUUCGAGGCGCUCAAGGCGGCGCAGGUCGCCAAGUUCCCCGCGCACAGUCGGCUGGAGGACCAGCUCGACCACCUCAACGUCACCAGGAGGUGGUACUGACCGUGAGCCCCGCUGGCCCCCGGCCCCGCGAGCUCCACUGCCCACAGUGGGGGCUCGUUCGCCCCGGGUUACUCCCUCGCCUCCCUGAAGGACGGUGCGGACAUGGCCUGCGUCACAGACGACACAAACGUCAUUUGUACAAAGCCGUAAUAAAGCUACCAACUGUGCU